AUGUAUCUAACUGAUACAUCGCAUAAAGUGAUGCUAUGUUUGGACUACUCCGACAAGCUUACCAAUCUACUCUUCAAGUCCAUUCCUCUGUUAUGUAAUACUUCCCUUAUCCAAUCCUCCAUGUCCACCGUCCUCCGCCCUCCCUCCUCCCCACUCCGCCACCACCACGGCGGCCGCCGGCAUCAUCGCCACCACCUCUUACCUUCAUCACCCUUUUUCCUUCCCCUAAAACCCCUUUCACUGUCUCCCUCAAUAUCCCUUUACACCCCCUAUUCUUCAUCUUCCACUUCACCCCAACAACUUCUGCUGGAUUCCCAAGAAACCCAAGUUGAUUUCGACAAUUGGGACCCCAUUUCUGCUUCUGGGGUUGCUGAAAGUUUCAAUUUUGACGAUUCUUUUGAUUCUGUGGAGUUGAAGAAGUUUGAAACCCCAGCUGUUGAGGUGAGGGAAUUAGAGGACAUUCCUGAUCAAUGGCGUAGGGCAAGAUUAGCUUGGCUUUGUAAAGAGCUUCCUGCUCAUAAGACGCCUACUAUGGUUAGGAUUUUGAAUGCACAAAGGAAGUGGAUUAGGCAAGAAGAUGGGACUUUUGUUGCUCUUCAUUGUAUGCGAAUUCGCGAAAAUGAAGCUGCUUUUAGGGUUUACAAAUGGAUGAUGCAGCAACAUUGGUUUCGAUUUGAUUUCGCACUAACUACGAAGCUAGCAGAUUACUUGGGGAAGGAACGAAAGCACUUGAAGUGCCGGGAGAUUUUUGAUGACAUAAUUAAUCAGGGACGAGUGCCUUGUGAAUCUACAUUCCAUAUUCUCAUUAUUGCCUAUCUUAGUUCAUCUGGACCAUCAGUGUUAGAUGAAGCCUGUAACAUCUACAAUCGCAUGGUGCACUUGGGAGGUUAUAAGCCUCGGCUUAACUUACACAAUUCUCUGUUUAAAGCUCUUUUGGGAAAGGCAUCGAGUGAGAGUAAACACUUUCUGAAACAGGCUGAAUUUAUAUAUCAGAACUUGACUUCCUCUGGAUUGGAAAUACACAAAGAUAUUUUCGGCGGUCUUAUAUGGCUUCACAGUUAUCAAGAUGUGGUCGAUAUGGAAAGAAUUGCUGCACUAAGAGCAGAAAUGCGAUCAAGAGGAAUUAAAGAGAGCAAAGAGGUAAUUGUGUCAGUUUUAAGAGCUUGCUCGAAGGAUGGGAAUGUGGAGGAAGCCGAACGAACUUGGUCAAAACUUCUCUCCAUCGAUGGCAGUCCUCCUUCUCAAGCUUUUGUCUAUCGUAUGGAAGUAUAUGCAAAGAUUGGAGAACCUACAAAAUCUUUGAAAGUAUAUAGGAGGAUGCAGGAACAACUGGGUUCCACCUCCGUUGCAGCAUACCAUAAAAUAAUAAAGGUGUUGUCUAAAUAUCAAAAACUAGACCUUGCAGAUUCUAUCAUGUCCGAGUUCAUAAACAGUGGUAUGAAACAGCUGGUCCCAUCAUUCAUCGAUUUGAUGAGGAUGUACUCCGUUGCAGGUUUACAUGAGAAACUGGAAUCUACCUUUCUCCGGUACCGUGAAGUCUGCCAUCCGAAUCUGACAGUUUUUAACAUUUAUUUGGAAUUGUUGGUGAAUACUGGCAAUCUGAGCCUGGCUGAAGAAAUCUUCCAUGAAAUGCGUGGUAAUGGGGCAAUUGGUGUUGAUUCUCGUGCUUGCAACAGUAUUUUGAGAGGCUAUAUGACCUCUGGAGAGUAUGUGAAGGCAGUAAAGAUAUACAAUUUGAUGCGCCAAAAGAAAUAUGACGUUGAGAUUGAAUCUUCAUUGAUGGAAAGACUUGAUUAUGUUCUUAGCUUGCGGGAGAAAGUAGUUGAAGAACCUAUUAGGCUGAAGCUCACACCAGAACAACGAGAGGUUUUGACGGGGUUGCUUCUUGGGGGUGUGCAAAUUAGAUCAGAUGGAGAGAGAAGUUUGCAUGCAAUCCAUUAUGAAUUUAAUGAAGAGUCGAGGAUCCAUUCCAUUUUUAAGAGACACAUACAUGAUGAAUUUCACGAGUGGUUAGGCUCUCAUGAUACGAUGGUGGAUAGCACUGCUGACAUUCCUAAUUCUUUUACCACCAUUUCGCAUUCUUAUUUUACUUUCUAUGCUGAUCAGUUCUGGCCCAAUGGACGCCCUUGUAUACCAAAACUCAUACAUAGAUGGUUGUCACCUCGCGUUCUUGCUUAUUGGUAUAUGUAUGGUGGUUACCGGACAUCAUCUGGUGAUAUUCUAUUGAGAGUAAAGGGAAGUUCAGAGGGUGUUGUGAGUAUUCUUAAAGCACUGAAAGCCAAAUCAUUAGACUGCCGAGUAAAAAAGAGGGGGAGAGUCUUUUGGAUAGGAUUUCUGGGGGACAAUGCUACAUUCUUCUGGAAGGUGGUAGAGCCCUUCAUUCUUGAUGAAUUAAAGGAACUCCUUAAAGCAGGUGGCGACUCAAAUGGAUCCCUGGAAACCCAAUGUAUCAAUUUUGACAGUGGCUCGGAGACUGACGAGAAGAAUUCAGAGUGUAGCGAUGCUGACACGUCAUAGAGCCUUGUCUGAUUGAUGUAUUGGUCUGUAUGCCUUCUAUUGCAAGGUGUAAUAGGUUAUUUGAGAUUAAAAACGUUGCUGCAAAAGUUUGUGGCUGAUAAGGUGCCUGACCACCUUCUUCUGACAGGUAUCAUUACCUCAACACUAUCUUUUGUGACGUGUCUAAUCGUAGGUUUAAAACCAUAUAUGUAAACUAGCUCUAGAAUAACCUUGUACAUAUUCCUCUGGUAUAUAGCACAUUCUUUGACAGUUUGCAUAAGUUGAAAGCAUAGGGUAUAACACGUCUCGGUACACAACUCUAAUCACCUUUGACAUAUCAGGAAAAAAGAAACUCUAUUCACCUUUGAUUUCAUAAGUGGCAGCAAUUGUCAUGAUAAAGCUGAUGUCAGAGCAGAAAGCUACAAUUCUUCGUUCCUUUUGAUUUUCAUGUGUAGAUAGUGCUUCCUCUGUUUCAUGUUGAUCCUACAUGAAAAUAGUACUCUUUUCCAACCUUUUAUCCUCAGUUUCUGGUUCGAACAACAGUAAUGAUCAGUUAAUUUGUAGACGGCAGGACCGUGGUUCAUUCACAGUCAGCUCUGUUACAAGAUGCUACUCACAGCCCACAGGUACUAAUCAUCUUACUUUUGGUCUAUGGAAGAGUAUAUGGAAAAGUAAGUCAUGUGUUUUGUGUGGUCGACUCAAAACAAUCUACAAAGAUGACGGUUAGCUAGUCUGCUACAUGUGCUGAAUAGAGGCGGAAUCAGUUUACCAUAUUUUCUUACAUUGCUCUAUAUCAUCUACACAGAUUUGGCAGAUGUUCCUUUAUUUGUAGUGGGCUAUGCCAAGAACAGCUGCUGAUUUUCUUUCAUCCUCAAUCGGUAUGACAU